GAAAAUAAAGAAAAAAUUGGAUCCCCUGGAAAAAAUCCUUUGCUUGUAUCAAGAAAAUUGGACCUUGGCAGCAUCUUGUACCUAGGAUAAUAAAAAUAGUUUCAAAUUCCAAAAAAUGGAUCAUAUACAUUAUUACAUAAAAACAAAUAUUUAAAGGGAAAGUAAAAGAGAAUAUAUAGAAUUUCGGAUCUGCACUAAAUACUUCAAAGUUAAACACUUGGCAUAUCACUAAAGUGGAUGGAAGACACACUAAGAGGCGGCUGCAAAAACAAGACAAUCCAUGAGAGGUAGAGAUUCUGGAGGUCUGCCUAAAGAUGUUAAAUGUAUUUGGGGGGUUUCUAGUUUCUCAAUAAUUAAAUAAAAGAUAGAAAAAACUACAAUAUUCUUCAAAUAUAACAGCCCCAGUUCCCGACAAAUGGACAAUGGUGUAGAGACAUGAACAAUAAUGUCUACGUGUAUUUUGUGGACUAUUCUAAGGCUCUUGACAGCGUGAUGCAUAAACACCUAGUAGAAAUAUUUCAAAAUGACUGCAAUGACAUCAGAAUUAUAGCAUAACUUUACUGCAAUCAGUAAAAAAAUUGGUAGUUUGUGCAGUGAGAGCAUUGAAAUCCAAAAUUAUAUUAUUCGGAGAAAAUUAUGAAACAAACAUAAAUAAAAGUCGAAAAGGCACUAAAGUGAAUGGAGACAGUAUCAUGCAUAAAUAUUAGGAUGGAAAAAAACAUAGCAACAUGCAACAACAUGAAAGUUGAAUUUAAACACACUCCUACUAUAAAUCAGACUAACCAACUAAUAUUUCCCAUAUGGAAUGGACGCAUGAACAGUGACAGAAACACUAUCGAGAAAGCUGAAGGGAUAGAAAAAAGAGAAAGAAGUAACAUUCAUCAUGGGACACGAUAAAUUCCAUUUCUUGCUGCUAAUAGUCCAAGGAAAGAUAGACAGCAGACGAGGACCAGGAAGGUCAAGGCAUUAGUGGUUCCUCAACUUACGCAAGUUUUCCGUGAUAAUAGCCAACGUUCGUUAGGAAGAUAUUAAUUUAUUUAAAGACAUUUCCACAGCCUAUUAAUACUAUUUAGAAAUCUGGAUUCCUCCUGCAUUGUUUGUUGUAAUCCAUACGUGGAUUCCAAAAGCUUUACAUUUCUGCAUUCCAAACUGAGAUCCAGAAAUAUAUUUGUAUAGUUAAGUUGGUAUCAACAAACUAUCAACUAGCUAAAUGAGCCUUAAAAGUUACCGAAUAUAACCAUGAAACCGUACAUCAAAUCUUAUUCGAUCAAACUAAAACUGCAUGUAAUGAAUUAUUCCACCAAACAAAAAUCCGAGAAUACAUAGAUAUCCCUAAACAACCAAAUAAUUCUACCCAGUACUCAGGUCUUUUACCUUUUACCAACGUGAAAAUCGGUCAUCCGAGAAAAUGUUUAUAUCCCUCCUUUAGCUCCCAGUCCCCCAAACAGUAUAUAAGGAGGUACAAAGUAGACUGCAAAAUAAUUUUAAUUAAGCUCUGAAGAAGCCAACUGGAGGAUUGGCUGAACAUUGGCAAGUUUGAUUUAUCAAUUCGCGAAACGUGAUAUAGUUCGAUCCAGAAAUAGCAAAUAGGCAAAUAGUAUUGUAAAUAGAUUAUCAAACCGUUUUUAGAUACUCAUAUUGAUAACCAAUCUGAGUACUUCAGUUUUAUCGUGCUCAAAAUAAUCGCGCGUUUCAUAGUCGGCAGUGCUAGUUAACGAUACAAUCCAAUACGAUGCCGGUUAGAAUUUGGCGCGUCGCGUUGUUCGUUUGUGCUGCCGUUCAAUUGGCACAUGCAUCUAGAAUUUUGUUCGCCACGGGCACCCCAGCACCAGCACAUCAAAAAGUAUUCCAACCCGUUUGGAAAGAGUUGUCACUCAGAGGUCACCAGGUACACGUACUGACCCCUAACCCGUUGAAAAACGCCGCGUUAAUUAAUUUAACCGAGUACGAUUUAAGUGACAUCUACAAGGAAGUAGAAAAAGCUUACAGAACCGAACUAAAGGACAGAGUGGUCGAUCACACUAAACCAAACACUUUGAGGUUAUUUACGAAAGAGCACUUUAACAGUUUACUGUGGUCGAAAUUAUUUGAUGGAGUCCUCGGCCAUAGGGAGACCCAAAGACUACUCAAAGAAAAUUUGCAAUUUGACGUCGCAAUUAUCGAAUGGUUGUUUCCUACGAUGGCGGGAUUGGGAGCCCAUUAUGGAUGUCCCACGAUCGGAAUAAUGUCCUUUGGUGGGCAGGUCACCACUUUGGACACGUUAGGGAAUCCGUCGCAUCCGAUUCUGGCACCCGACGUGAAUUUGCCGUUUAAGAGGGAUCUCAUGUUUAAAGAGAGGCUCGUAUCCUUUCUUCACGCCAUAUUUGUCAGGAUGUAUUAUCACUGGGCGAUAUUGCCUAGAGAAGACGCGAUUGUCAAGAAACAUUUAGGCGAAGACAUGCCGUAUUUAGGGGACAUCGAAAGGAACGUCAGUUUGCUUUUGCUUAACACGAACUUAGUAUUCCACAGACAGAUGCCGCUACUACCGAACGUGGUGCAAACCGGAGGCAUCAGUUUUCCGAAACACUCCCCGCGAGCGAUGAGUCCCGAAUUGUCAGCGUUUCUCGAUAACUCCAAGAAUGGAGUGAUAUACUGCAGUUUCGGUACAUCCGUCAGAACUUUUCUGCUGCCUUCGAACAUGCUCGACGCUAUGAAGAGCGUAUUUUCCUCGUUACCCUACGGCGUUGUCCUCAAGUGGGAGAACGGCUCGAUGUACGAAAAACCCGAGAACGUAUUCAUCGCCGAUUGGAUUCCUCAGACGGCGGUUUUAGAACAUCCGAAUACGAAGCUUUUUAUUACCCAAGGCGGUUUGCAGUCGAUCGAGGAAGCCAUUGCUGCUCACGUACCAAUACUCGGCGUACCCUUUCAUUCAGACCAAAUGGCUAAUGUGGACGCUUGCGAUAGAUACGGAAUGGGCGAAUUACUGGAAAUGGAACGCUUCACCUUCGAGUCGCUCAGAAAAUUGAUUGUGCGAAUACUGAACGAUCACCAAAGCUACGUUACGAAUGCGAAAAAACUGGACGAAUUGAUGAGCGACCGGCCAGCCGACGGUCUGGAAAAAGCAAUAUGGUGGAUAGAGUACGUGAUUCGGCAUAAGGGCGCCAAACAUAUGAGAAAUUCGACUGUGGAUAUGUCCCUGUGGCAAUACUUCAUGUUAGAUAUUAUAGGAACCAUUGUUCUUGCGAUCGUCUUGUUAAUUGGGGUUUUCAGAUUCAUUUGGAGAUCUUGCAAACAAAAACGUAAAUCCUAUUAAAUUUACAUUGUUACACCUUAUAAAAAAUGUUAAUUAUAAAUAAAUCAGUUGAUCAAAUGGAUCUCGUUAUACGAAAGCGUAUUUUUCUUUUUUUAAAUUG